AUGGUGACACCGUUCACAUCGAGCAAAAUUUCACUAGCCAUGGUUCAACUCAGCUUUCUCUUAUUUGGUCUUCUAAUUGCUGGUAAUUUGGCAGCACCUACAACAGAAGAGCUUCAAGAAAUUUACUAUGAUACAUGCCAAUUAAGUUGUGGUUUAGUGAAAGAUAAACAAGAAGCUAGCGAAUGCCGUGAAAAGUUUUGUCCUAAUUAUGUUAAUUAUUUAUUAACAGGCUUCACUAUGCCAGAUUCAACACCUAGUCUUGUAUCACAUCAUAAAAAUGACGUAGCUAAAUUUUGUGCUACGUGGAUGGUUCAUUUAAUUAAAGAACUUGGCUGGCAAAGACGUAUUCUUCUCAAUCUUAAACAAUGCAAUUGUGCUGGUGGUACAGAUUGUCUUGUUUAA